CAUGAGCCUCUACAGAGACUCCCCUGAAUUUCUUGUCUCUAGUCAAUUUCUAUUUAUUGAGAAAGGCCAAGAACGCUGGUCAGUAUCAACGGGGAAAACAGAAAUGGCAUCAAAUAGAAACAUUGAUGUUUCCAAGCUGGAAACUCGUAAGAGUAUUAAGGAAAUGAGGGAGCCACUCUGGAAAGCAAUUCGGGACGAAGGAGGCCAAAAUACACUGCGAAACAGUCAGCGUUUAUACACCUACGAACAUUCCAGAAGAAACGGACAAGACUCCUGAAGUGAGCUGGGUACUGACGACUUAAGCUGGAGCAGAGCGGGGCCGCGUUUCGGCAAAAACAGGUACAAAACGGACUAGAGAAAUCUUACUACUGAGGUUCGCCGGAACAGGAGUGAAAGCUGUAGCAUCGCUGAAGGGAUCCCCUCGGGCCUACUCUGCGGCCGGCAGUCGCCUCAAGUUCCUCACGCAGACUCGGCGCCGGCGGCCGAAAGCAGCUUUUCCCGCCCUUCUCAGCUAAGAAGUUCCAGAACUUUCGUCCCUAGCCGUUGCCGGCUACAAAUUAAGGGGGCUCAAUAUACAGCGAUGCGUCUCUUCCUGCCAGUUACCAGGCCGGUUGGAAGCGCACGGAAAGCAUCAACACGUCUAGUCCUACCUAACUACCCUCGCAGAGCCCCGCACGAGCCAGCAGCAUCUUCGAAAAAACUGCGGAAAAUACACACAGGGAGCCGGAAAUCCCGCGAGACCUCACACGCCUGCCUCGGCCUCAGCGCGCCGGAAGCGGAAGUCAGGAGGCGGUCGAAUUCUGGCCGAAGUGGCGCUGUUACCUGGGAGAGGUGGAGGCUUGCAUACAGAGGUCCUGUGCCAGCGCUCUGGACCGGAGAUCUACACAAUCUAAACAUUAAACAGAACAGCCGCUUCAAACCCCUGAGAAUCUCAGAAUGGCUGACACUUCUGAAGCUGUUCCAAAUUUUGAAGAGAUGUUUGCCAGUAGAUUCACAGAAGAUGACAAAGAGUACCAAGAAUACCUAAAACGCCCUCCUGAGUCUCCUCCAAUUGUUGAGGAAUGGAAUAGCAGAGCUGGUGGCAGCAUGAGAAAUAGAGGCAAUCGGUUGCAAGAUAACAGACAAUUUAGAGGUAGGGAUAGCAGACGGGGGUGGCCAAGUGACAAUCGAUCCAAUCAAUGGCAUGGACGAUCCUGGGGUAACNAUA